UGUUACCUUAUCCGAUAUGUGAAUGAAGUAUAUUUAGAUAGUUUGGUAUUAAACAAACUGUGCUCGGAUUUACGUUAAUACAUGCCUAUUCUCAUGUGUAAUGUUUCCCUUAUGGACUCCAUUGUGGUUUGAUCUGCAAACUACAUCUCCUUCUUUCCUAUUGAUUGUUGGUAUAUUUUUCACCGCGACUGCUAUAAUUUUAAGACUUUUUGUGAACAGAAUACCAAUGGAUCAAUCCUCAAUUAGAAUGUUUGACCCUAAACCUUCAAUCCCUCAAGAUAUGACCGUUUUGAGGAAUCCAUUUACCCUUGCAUUGGAUGAUCAACAACCGCGAGAAGGACAAUUGGAAAAUGGUGUUUUAGUCAAAAUAACUGGUGAUAAACCAUUCCGACUUUCCAGUUACUGGGGAGUUAAUGUAACCAAAUUUCAUCAAGCCUUGAAGCAAGAUUGGAAAGAAAUCAGAGAAUCGAUUAGAAGUGGGACAUUCUUAAAUGAACACUGUUUACAAUCAUCUAAACCAGAGGAGAUAGAUCCUCCAAUAGGUGAAUCAAUUGCCCGAACGAUAGCAGCUGAUGAACCAAUCACUCCAGAAAUGUUGGGUACAUCACCUCGAAGCUGUUAUCCAUUGAUUAUUAUACUUUCCAUCAACGAUGACUAUAAAGACAAUCAAGCAGAAGGAUUAGAUGCAGGGCAAACCUCAUCUGGUGAUAACAAAAGUAAUAAAAAAAGAGACGAGAUUGUUUGUCUCGCGAAUGUGUUACAUAUAAGGGAUAAUAUUUGUCCUAUGGACAGCAAUAUAA